UGAAACCGGUGUUGUAGUUGUAUAUAUCAUAGAUGGAGUGGUGCAACGGAUUGGUACAUUUCGAUUUCUAAUUCGCUCGUCGUUGAAGAGAAUGGUCUCGUCGUCAUCCUCAUCGUCGUCGUUGUCGUUGUCCACAAGAAGAACAAUUUCGUCUGUUGUCACGACAACGACAUCACCUGCAACGAGAUAUGUUCGGAGAAAAGGACUGCGAAAAGCAGUUCCUGAUCCAAUGGCAACACAAAAUCAAAGCCCAGGAAGGCGCUUGAACCUCCAACCCGGUACGACCGGACGAGGCUUGGGAUCGCGAACCUCGGCUGCUGUUAGUACAGGAGCAGAUGGAUUAAUAUUGACGCCCGUCGAGGGGCGAGGGGUCGGAGAAGUACUUCUACAGAGCAGCUGCAUGACGACCAAAAAUGCCCACAUUCACGAUUUCGCGGCGCGAAACUCGCAACAAGUCAACGAAUGGGCCGCGAAGAAGCGCGCCAAGAUGGAGCGCGCGAAGGAGGUACGGGAGUCACGACUUGUUGACAAAAAGGAGUGCACCUUCAGGCCAAACUUGAGCAAGUCCAAGCGGUCCCGGCAACGCGAGCAGUACCGCGUCGGGGGGAUUGCGGCUGCGACUCCGAUGUCUUCCGCGGCA